AUGCAGUCGAAUACGCAAGAGCUUCCGGCAGAUGUGAAAGCCAAAGUCAAAGAAACAUACGAUGCCAUCGCCACAGUAUACAAUGAGCGGCAUGGACGUAACGAGACGACGCGCGAGCACUUUCUCGGGCAGCUGCUGAAGCAUAUCCCUGACGAACAGGGUCGGCAACUCUCUAUCCUGGAGCUCGGCUGCGGCGCAGCUCUGACGUCCACCAGAAUGCUGCUGUCCAGGCCCGGGGUCCACGUCAUAGCAAAUGACAUAUCCGCGGCGCAGAUCCAAGCUGCCAGGAAGAAUCUCAGCGAGCUUCCUGCCACAUAUGUGGACCGUGUGGUCUUCAAAGAGGGUGACAUGAUGCAGCUCUCCUUCCCGAAUGGUUCACUUGAUGCCGUGAUCGGCCUGUACACCGUGAUCCACCUGCCGCGCGAGGAGCAGUCAGAGCUGCUGGCCAGGAUUGCGGGGUGGCUCAGGCCGGGGGGCCACCUUCUCUUCAACUUCACCCCAACUGAUGAUGAGUUCCAAGUCAAUCCGAGCUGGUUGGUUGAAGAAGGUUGGAUGUUCUGGAGUGGGUGGGGCCCUGAGCGUACGUCUGAACUUCUAAAGAAGAACGAUUUUAAGAUACUCAGCGCCGAGGUUCAAGGCGACAUUGGGGAUUCUACCUUCUACUGGGUCAUUGCGCAGAAGACAUGA